AUGCAAUCAAUAAAAUGUGUUGUUGUUGGAGAUGGAGCUGUUGGUAAAACGUGUCUUCUCAUGUCGUAUUCAACUAAUUUGUUUCCCGAAGAACAUAUUCCCACGGUUGGUUUGGUUGGAUGAAAAAUUUGAGAAUUUUUAGGCUUUUUUUCAAAAUAUUAGGCUUCUUGGGCCUUUUUAAGGCUUUAAGACCUUCCUAAAGGCUUUAUAGUUAUUCUUAAGGGUUUCUUAUGACUCCUAGAAGCUUCAAAGGGCCUAUAAAGGCUUUAGGACUUUCCUAAAGGCUUUAUAGUUAUUCUUACGGGCUUCUAAUGACUCCUAGAGGCUUCCAAGGGUCUUUUAAGGCUUAAGGACAUUCCUAAAGGCUUUAAUGUUAUUCUUAAGGAUUUCUUUCGUAUUCUGAAGACUUCUAGAGACUUAAAUAGGCUUCUCGAGGCUUAAUUAUGCUUCUAGGGCUUUUUAAGGCAUUAGGACCUACUUAAAAGCUUAAAAGUUGUUCUUAAGAGUUUCUGAUGACUUUUGAAGGUUUCUAGAGGCUUAAAUAGGCUUCUAAGGGCUUUUUAAAGGCUUUAAAAUGCUUCUUUAAAACUUUAGUGUUAUUCUUAAGGGUUUCUAAUGACUCCUAGAAGCUUUUAAGGGCUUUUAAAGGCUUUAGAACUCUCGUUAAGGCUUCAUAGUUGUUCUUAAGGGAUUCCAAAGGCCUUUUAAGGAUUUAGGACCUUCCUAAAAGCUUGAAAGUUAUUCUUAAGGCUUCUAGAGGCUUUUAAGAACUUUUUUAAGGCUUCAAUAGGCUUCUCGAUGCUUAAUUAAGCUUCUAAGGGCUUUCUAUAGCUCUAGGAUCCUCCUAAAGGCUUUUAAAGGCUUCAGGAAGCUUUCACCGCCUAAAAAAACAUUUUUGUUCAAAAAAAUUCACUCUGUCCAUAUCCCUUUUUCGUCUCGCCUCUCUUCUGCGCCCAUACUCUCUCGUUUUCUCACUUUCAGGUUUUCGACAACUAUUCAACAAACGUCAUCGUCGAUGGUCGACCAAUAAAUCUGGGACUCUGGGACACAGCGGGCCAAGACGAUUUCGAUCGACUCCGACCGUUGUCCUAUCCACAAACCGACGUGUUUCUCGUCUGUUUUUCGCUAGUCAAUCCGGAUAGUUUUGAGAAUGUUCGAGCGAAAUGGUUUCCUGAAGUAUCGCAUCACUGCCCAAACACACCGAUUAUUUUGGUUGGAACUAAAACUGAUCUUAGAGUGGAUGGGGAGAUUGUUGAGAGGUGAGCUUCUUUUAUAUCCCGACAAUGAACACAUUGUUCCUUGCCUGCAUCUUUAGCGCAGUCGGGUAGACGAUGGACUACCACACAAUCGGGGUCGUUUUGGUGGGUUCGAGUCCCACCGCGAACUUUUUUUUUUUUUUGAAAAAAUGUAUUUUUCUACAGACUUCGCGAACGUGAUUUGACACCAAUUAGUCAAAUUCAAGGAAACGUGAUGGGAAGAGAACUCAAAGCGGUUAAAUAUCUCGAAUGUUCCGCGUUGACUCGACGUGGAUUGCGAGAAGUUUUCGAUGAAGCAAUUCGUACUGUUCUCACUCCACCGCAAAGACCAAAAAGAAAUAGAUGCAAUUUGAUGUAA